AUGUCCAAGAAGCUGAUUAACCCCAAUCCUUUUGGUUCCGCUGCCGAUGCACUGGUAUCGGAGUCAAGGAGAAGACAAUCAAAAAGAGACGAUGCUAUAAGAAGAAAAAUAGAGAAUGAUUUGAACAAGAAGAGAAAGCAAGGGGCCAAAUCAGCUCGCCAUAAUAAAGCUUCUCCUGGAACUGUUUUAUCCUUGAAGCCUUCUGAGCCUAUCAUUUGUAAAGCAACUUCAACGGUGUAUGAAGUGUCACAGCAAAUGACAGCAAGAAGAGAAAAUUGCGUAUUAGUUAUCAAUGCAGAGGGAGAAUUGCUAGGUAUAUUCACUGCUAAGGACUUGGCAUUUAGGAUCGUUGGCUCUGGAUUGAAUGCAAAUACAGUCACAAUCGAUCAAAUUAUGACUCCAAACCCCUUAUGUGCUAACGCCAAUGCCCCAGCAUCGGAUGCGCUUGAUUUAAUGGUCCAAAAAGGAUUCAGACAUUUACCUGUAUUGGACGACAACAACCAGAUAGCUGGAGUCUUGGACAUUACAAAAUGUUAUGCUCAACAAAUGGAGAAGUUGGAGCGAAUGUAUGCAUCUUCAAAGAAGUUGUAUGAGGCAUUAGACUCCGUGAAUUCGGAGAUGGGAAUGUUACAACAGCCUGCUCAAGUUUUCCAAUAUUUUGAAAACUUGAAGAAUAAGAUGAAUGGACCAACAUUAGAAAAUGUGUUGGAUUCAUCUACAGUCCCAAUAUAUACUAACGUGAAAGCAACCGUUUAUGAUGCGACUGUUUUGAUGAGAGAAAACCGAACUACUGCUGUUUUAGUGAAUGAUAUGCAUAAUGAAGUCUCUGGAAUUUUCACUUCAAAAGAUGUUGUCUUGAGAGUUAUUGCCGCUGGAUUAGACCCGAAAAAGUGUUCCAUAGUUAGAGUGAUGACUCCUCAGCCGGAUGUCGCUAAAGUGAGCUUGCCGAUUCAACAGGCUUUGAGGCAAAUGUUUGAAGGUCAUUAUUUGAAUUUGCCGAUAGUAGAUGAAGGAGGUAACAUAAUUGGAAUUGUUGAUGUUCUCAAGCUAACUUAUGUGACUUUGAAUCAAAUAAAACAAAUAGAGUCGACAGAUGAUAUUGGUGACUCAGAGGCUACUUUAACGACUCCAAAUGAGGGUCCAGCUUGGCAUAAGUUUUGGACUUCAUUAGAUAAUGAAGAUACUGAGUCUAUCAAUUCGGAUCCUAUUUCGGAAGGGGCUCCCAAUGUUACCACAUCUGAAUUACAAUCUUUCAACAUUGACAUAAAACCAUCUGAUUCCAUCUCAAAAACAGCCUCACCCAGCAAAACACUCCAUAGCAGGCAGUCUUUUUACAUACCAGAGGAGGUACCAUUCACAUUCAAAUUUAAAUCACCAGCUUUAGAGGGUCGCGUUCAUAGGAUAUCAUGCAAUUUUAAGGAUGGAUUUUUGGGCUUAAGAGACUUAAUUGCUGAAAAACUUCUCGAUAUAGAUUACGAAGCAUUAUCAUUGAAAAAGGGUGAGGAAGAAUUUGCUAUCAGUUAUGUAGACGAUGAAGGCGAUAUCGUCUCAAUAACUUCAGAUGCUGACUUAGUCGAUUGUAUCAAGAUAAAUUUACGGUUGAAUAACGAUAAAGCGGAUCUAUACAUCCACAAUUCGCUCAAGGCAGCACCGGUAAAUCCUUUAAAACUUCAGCAUGAUAAAAAGAAAACCAGUGGUCCAAAGGAAUUAAUACCUGGUCUUCCAAACGAAAUUUUGCUUCCUACGGCACUUGUAUUCUUGGCGUCUUCGUUCAUAGUUGGAUUCUCCUUGAGCAGAAAGUAG